UUCCCUUGUUGAAGGAACACUGCUCCCAGUGAAUCCUGCUGCUGCUGCAUUAAUUAAUCAUAGCAACAAGAUGAAAUCAGUCCUUCUUUUCACUUUGCUCCUUUGUGGAUUUGGGCUUGAAGCAAGAUGUUCUUCAGAUCCAGCUGAUUUCUGUGCCAGCUGUCUUCCUGGGUUCACUUGGUUUGGGGGCCGCUGUUACUUCUUUGGGAAGCAAAAAGUGGACUGGGCUGACGCUGAGAGGGCCUGCAAUAAUUUCAAUGGAAAUUUGGUCUCCAUCCAAAGACAAGAUGAGUUUAACUUCAUCAGAGAUCUGAUCUUCAGAGAGGCAGGAUCACACAAAUCAACCUGGGUAGGAGCCAACGAUGCAGUAAAGGAAGGUGUAUGGAUGUGGAGCGAUGGGUCAAAGUUCACCUUCAGUGCCUGGGGCAAAGGGGAGCCAAACAACAAAGGAGGGAAAGAGAACUGCAUGGCAAUCAAUUUGCGUGGUAGAGAUAAUAUCAACGAUGCCAGAUGUGACAUCAAAAAGUCUUUUGUCUGUGCCAAAGACCCGUAGCGGUUCUCCUGGUUGGACCCGUAGCGGUUCUCCUGGUUGGACCCGUAGCGGUUCUCCUGGUUGGACCCGUAACAAUUCUCCUGGUUGGACAGAACUUGAUUUGCAUCACAAAGUAAAGUCUCGAUGACAUCACUUCUGGGAGAUAUUGAGACAAA